CCCAUUUCCCAACUCCCAACUCCCUACAUGGAGUCACCGAUCGAAACAGCUAUUCUCUCGAAGCCUCAAAGAAAGGCGUUCUCGAAGAGAUCCCGCACCGGAUGUCGGACCUGCCGAGCCCGCCGUGUCAAAUGCGAUGAAUCCCCUGGUGCAUGUAACAACUGCACAAGUACCGGUCGCACUUGCGCGUAUGACAUGCAACGGCUUCCGCCAGCAGGUGGUCGUAAGAAAACCACCGCCAAAGCCAUCGUACUGUCCGCUCCUAACGGCGCAUCUGCCACCAUCCGCGCCGCCAUCGCAGCCAAUUUCCAGUGGAAGGUGACCUCGGAUGAGAGCCGCUGUCUCUCCUUCUUUCAGCACCGUUCUGUUCCGCAACUCGUGGGCUAUUUGGACUCGCCUCUAUGGCGGGAACUGAUUCUCCGCUUGUCCUGCACGGAACCCGCGGUGUACCAUGCGGUCGUUGCACUUGGGGCAGUGAGCCAGGCCAACGAGAUGGCAGGCCGUACUCCAAGGCCCGGGCAGCAGCACCUGCUGCGGGAUAACUGGUACAGCUUCGCGCUGGAACAGUCCUCACGCUCAUUUGCUCUCAUCCAUAGGAGACGCAGGUCGCACGAUCCGCAGCUCCAGGAAGUCAUUCUGGUCUGCUGUCUGCUUUUUAUUAUUUGCGAAUUACUGCGUGGGAACGUCACCGAGGCCACCUUCCAUCUGCAAGGAGGGCUGCAGAUCUUGCAUACGAUGAAUAUCGAGCGACGCUCAUCGGGGCUAGAACUCAGCUCCGGUGGAGUGGACGAGUGUGUCGUGGAGUCCUUCAUGAACUUCCAAGAAGGGUCAAUCUACUAUGGUCUGAAGGAGCCCCUGCGUUUCGACAGCCAGUUCGUCUACGACCAACCAUACGAGGCGUACCUGCAGCCCUUCCAGAGCCUCUCCUACGCACGCAGGGCCUUCCGGCCACUCCAACACACCGGCUUCGAGCUGAUCGCGACGUGUAUGUCGGCGUCCGAGGCCGACAUCGCGAGCAACUACUCCACAAUCCACUUCCAGCAGCACCGGCUGAUCGCCCUGCUCACCCGCUACUUGCAGGCGUUGGACGACUUCUGCCUGCGCACGUUCGGGAUCACCUCCUUCACCUGCCCCGUCAUGGCCACGAGCCGGGACCCCGCGCGCCGCAGGGAAUACCGCGAGCUCGAGCUGACGCGGCUCACCUGCCUCGCGCUGCUCCUGGGGCUGAAGACCGCCACGUACAGCAAGCGGCAGCCGUCGGUGCCGGACCGACACCUCUGCGAGCGGAAGAGCCUGAUGGCCGCCGCGCAGACGGUCAUGCGCAAGUUCGACGGGCCGGACCGCCCCGCGUUCGCGCCCACCAGCACCAUCGUGGCGGCCGUGUACAUCGCCGCCCACGUGUGCCCGGACCACACCUUCUACUGCCUCGCCAGCGACCUGCUGCGCUCCUGGAGCUCCGACGAGGGCUUUAUGAGCUCGACCAUGAACGCCAAGAUCCUCGACGAGUCGCUCAAGCUGUACCUGGCGCAGGUGUGGCGCAGCGCCGCCCCCUUGCCGCCCGGGGUGACCUUCACCACGGACGCGGCGGGCCUCCAGGUCACGGCCCACCUGACGUAUUGCGCGGAUGGGGUCGAGAAGCGCCGGUCCAUGGUUCUCGAGGGGGAUGAGUCCCUCGUGGCGGAGCUGCGGGCCAUCGACAACUCUCGGGAUUGGGCGUGUUCGCGCGCCUUGGGGUUGCUGGAGAGGAAAAGUUACUGUGAGGACUGAUCGGUAUAUGCAUUUGCACUCGGACACUAUAGAUAACCUCUAGACCAUGAAUUUGUAUAUAUUCGAUGUGAGUCCCUGUUGUAAGAGCGAAAAUCAAGCUUACAGAUCUGCAUUCACC